ACAAGAAGCUCGUCCAGAGCAUGAACCCGGACUACGAUCGGAUCCCUGCCGGGGAAUCCGUCAUCUGGGAGGACUACAGUUCGUUUUGGCGCGACGUGGUGCCCCCCGUGCCGGAGGACCAGAGGGCUGAGGUGGAACAACAGUUCCCGAGCCUGCGUCGUAUGAUAAGCAUGGCCAGUUCGAAGAAAUUCGAGAGUAAACUGUUCCGUUACGGCGAAGGAAAAAUCACGCAGCGCACUGCGUCCCUGGUGGUCGACACCAUUCACGAGAUGUUGUACGUCCCUCGGAUGAAGUAGUUUAGCGACAGAGAGGCCCGCUAUGUGACUU